UCUUUGUUGAUGUGUCAGCUCCGCAGGGGUUUUGGGGGGGAAGCCUCGGCUGAGAGCCAGGGACCGGCGUGGUCUCCGCGCGUGACUUCCUCGCCCACUCCGCGUCGGCGGGACCCCGCCAUGGAGACGCUGGCCCCGGAGCCGGAGCUCCCUCGGCCUCGUUAGGGUGCGGCCCGGGGCCGGACGACGGACGAUGUAAAUGAAGAGCAGGAGCAUAUUUGAAGAAAUGCAGAGUGAAUUGGUGCCUGUCAGCAUGUCAGAGACAGAGUGCAUAGCUGCCAUUACUUCCAACGCAACUACUGGGGAAACAUCUGAGUUAAAGGGUGACUCAUGCAUCUCGGUUCCUGGUGACAAAAGCCCCGGAUUAGAAGCAGAAUCGGAACUAUUGUCAUCGAACUCUGAUAGAAUUUUGUAUCAAACUAAUGAACACAGUAGUCAGAUUGAAGUCCGGGAAAGUCAUAUUCCAGACUGUGGCGGUGGUGAGAAUUCUUGUGCUAAAACGGAUACACGCCCAGAAAAUUCUGAACAAGUAGAUGACUUUCCUGGAAAACAAGUGUCAAAACACAGUGAACCAGGACAGACGGUGACACAGAUACUAGCAGAGCUGAGGUCGUCUGCAUUCUCAGAAGCUGGUCCUCCACAGGCGACCUCCACAAGCCUCUACGACACAGACUGCACCAGGACACUCCUUGCAGAGAUGAAGACUGCUUCGGCGUCAGAUGAUUUGUUGGGGGAAAUAGAAUCUGAGCUCUUAUCUGGAGAGCUUGCUGAGGAGCACCACGUCCCGAAUGGCGUGAGCAAAGGACAGCAUGCUUUGGCCCUCUUUGAGAAGUGUGUGCAUGGCAAGUACCUGCAGCAGGAGCUCACCAUUAAGAAAUUAAUUAAAGAAAAUAAGAAUCAUCAGGAACUCAUCUUAAAUAUUUGUUCAGAAAAAGACAAUUUAAGAGAAGAACUGAAAAAAAGAACAGAAACAGAGAAGCAGCAUAUGAACACAAUCAAACAGUUAGAAUCAAGAAUAGAGGAGCUGAAUAAAGAAGUGAAAGCAUCCAGAGAGCAGCUCUCAGCACAGGAUGUCACAGCGAAGAAUACCAUCCAGCAGAUCCACAAAGAGGUGGCCCAGCGUAUGGAGCAGGCCAAUAAGAAAUGUGAAGAGGCCCGCCAGGAAAAGGAAGCCAUGGUAAUGAAGUAUGUGAGAGGUGAGAAGGAAUCUCUAGACCUUCGAAAGGAAAAAGAAACACUUGAAAGAAAACUUAGAGAUGUAAAUAAGGAAUUGGAGAAAAACACUAACAAAAUUAAGCAGCUUUCUCAAGAGAAAGGGCGACUGCAGCAGCUCUAUGAAUCGAAGGAAGGUGAAACGACCAGACUCAUCAGAGAAAUAGACAAACUGAAGGAGGAGAUCAGCUCUCACGUCAUUAAAGUAAAGUGGGCACAGAACAAGCUGAAAGUGGAAAUGGACGCGCACAAGGAAACCAAAGAUAAACUCAAAGAAACAACUACGAAAUUAACACAGGCAAAGGAAGAAGCUGAUCAGAUCCGGCAAAACUGUCAGGAUAUGAUAAAAACGUAUCAGGAAUCUGAAGAAAUUAAGUCAAAUGAGCUUGAUGCAAAGCUCCGAGUCACAAAAGGGGAACUUGAAAAACAGAUGCAAGAGAAGUCUGACCAGCUGGAGAUGCAUCAUGCCAAAAUAAAGGAACUGGAAGAUCUCAAGAGGACGUUUAAGGAGGGCAUGGAUGAGCUUCGGACACUGAGAACAAAGGCCAAGUGUCUAGAAGAUGAGCGCUUGAGAACUGAAGAUGAAUUAUCAAAGUACAGGGAGAUUAUCAACCGUCAGAAAACUGAAAUUCAGAACUUACUGGACAAAGUGAAAGUCGCAGAUCAGAUACAAGAGCAGCUCCAAAGUGGUAAGCAAGAAAUUGAACGUUUGAAGGAAGAAAUGGAAAGCCUGAAUUCUCUGGUUACUGACCUGCAGAAGGACAUUGAAGGCAGCAGGAGAAGGGAGUCCGAGCUGCUGCUGUUCACAGAGAAGCUCACCAGCAAGAAUGCACAGCUGCAGUCCGAGUCCAGCUCUCUGCAGUCACAGGUGCACAGCCUCUCUUUCAGCGAGAGCCAGCUGCAGAGCCAGUGCGGGCACCUGGCACAGACUAAUGCCGACCUGGAAAGCAGAUUGCUCAAAGAGGAAGAGCUGCGGAAAGAGGAGGUCCAGACCCUGCAGGCUGAGCUCUCUGCUGUCCAGACAGAAGUUAAAGCCUUGCGUACCCAAGUGGAAGAGCUGAAAGACGAGUUGGUGACGCAGAGGCGCAAGCACGCCUCUAAUGUCAAGGAUCUUAGCAAGCAGCUUCAGCAAGCACGUAAAAAGCUAGACCAGACUGAGAAUGGAGGCUAUGACAAGGAAGUCAGCAGCAUGGGAAGCCGCUCUAGUUCGUCAGGGUCACUUAAUGCUCGAAGCAGUAUUGAAGACCGGUCUCCAGAGAACACCAGCGCCUCUGUUGCUGUGGACAACUUCCCGGAAGUGGACAAGGCCAUGCUGAUUGAGAGGAUAGUGAGACUGCAGAAAUCACAUGCCCGGAAGAACGAGAAGAUUGAAUUCAUGGAGGACCACAUCAAACAGCUGGUAGAAGAAAUAAGAAAGAAAACCAAAAUAAUUCAGAGUUACGUUUUACGAGAAGAAUCAGGCACACUUUCUUCAGAAGCCUCUGAUUUUAACAAAGUGCAUUUGAGUAGACGCGGUGGCAUCAUGGCGUCCUUAUACACAUCCCAUCCCGCUGACAGCGGGCUAACACUGGAGCUCUCUUUGGAAAUCAACCGAAAAUUACAGGCUGUUUUGGAAGAUACAUUGCUAAAAAAUAUUACUUUGAAGGAAAACCUGCAAACACUUGGAACAGAAAUAGAGCGCCUUAUUAAACACCAGCAUGAACUGGAACAGAGGACGAAGAAAACCUAACACAAAGCUCUUGCCCAGUAGACAGACAAGAGCCACAGAGCAGCAGGUGCCACUGUCCAUGUCCUGAAACAGGCCCGCUUUGUGUCAACUAAUCAAAAGUUUGCUCUGCUUUCCUGUGUAGACGUGCCCUUUUAUGAACAGGUGCGAUGGUGUGUGUGCUGGUACUGUGAGCUCAGCGAGGCUCAUUUCUAUGCGGGGCAGCUCAGCCGCCUGGUCGCUGACUAAGUGUUUAAUGUCCUUAUUGCCCGAAAGUGCUAAACAUUAGUACCACGGUUUAACAAACAAAACAAAAAUUUGCCAUAGUUCUUCUCUUAGUGAUUUCAGCCCUUGGAAAGCAUUCAUGAAAAGACAGGUUAUCAUCAUUCAACCAUUCGUUAUUUCUGCAACACAAAAAGAAACCUAGAGAGAUCAUUAAGUUUUUCAAUUUUGAUCAUGGCCCAUUGGUCACCCCUGUGUCCUAGCUACUUCAAAGGCUAAAGAGGCUUUCUUGAGCUCAUUAGUUCAAAGCCAGCUCAGGCAGCAUCUUAAAAUCCCAUCACAGAAUAGCCUUCAGUUGUGCCGUAAGCAUGUAUGUGAGUACUUAAGUCAACUCUGAUUUUAGUGACAACCUAGACAGGAGAGCUGGCUGUUGGUGACUAGUGGUGGCCAGACACAAUCUGUCAGGUGUCCUUACCUGUCGUAGGUACAUUUUUAUAAUUGAGUUACUGGUUGAAAUUUUUAGUUACUUAAACUAUGAUUUUUAACAAUAUGUGAACUGAAGAAUUUCCUGUGGGUUUGUUAGAUUUUGAAAUGUGGAAUGGGCCAGUCAUUAGAACAGAUAAAUGAAGACUUUGAAGCUGACAUACUUUCUGAUCAACCUUCGUUUCCCUGACACUGUGUAAAGGUUUGGAAUAUAAGGGCUUAGGCAGUGGCUCAUAUGUUGGUCCACAGCACAGGGAAAGUUUCUUCAAAUGUGAGGUUUCAGUAUAUUGUUUAAAAUUAUACAGUUAUAUCUUAAUAGCCAAAGGAGCUUUUGAGCUAAGCUGUUGUAUCUUGUUGGGUAUUUACAGUGUUUAAAAUGUAUACUUAAAUGUUGCCAACUGUGGUAUCAACAUUUCUGUCAUUGAAUUUUUUUUCCAGUUUAUAGCUUCUCACUUAGCAGAACCUAAACACUAAACAUUGUGUUCAGACUUGUCUGUACCCUGGAGCCCUUGGAACAAGCUUCUGUUUUGCGUUUGGGCUUUUUCCCCCCCUCUUAAGGGACUUGAGCUUUGGGAUAGAUGCUUGUAAAGAGUUGUGUGGUCUGUAGCUGGCCAUGGUAACACAUGCCCAUAAUCCCAGCACUCAGGAGGAAAAGAAAGAUGAGAGGGCAGCCUCAAGUGCAAAGUGAGCUGGAGGCCAGCCUUGGAAGCCUGUGUUUAUGUAGAACUGUGUGGGCUCUAAUCGGUAUCAUGUCAGCACCCUGUGAAUGUGUUUUAACAUUUCCUUAAAUCACCAUUGAUUAUAAAUGUAAUUUACCAAAUCCUAGAUGUCAAUACAAUGUCUUUUUGUGAAUAUUUAUUGUUGUCCAAAAAUUAUCUCUUAGCUUCAUAGUGAAAAUGCAUUCAAGGUGGUUUUAUUUUUAAAAUAGUUGUAAAAAGUAUUAGCCAUAAUAUGUCUUGCUCUUUUUAUUAAUAAUUUAUUAGAAUAAAGAAUAAGAGGAUAAGUGCAAUAAAUUCUGGAUUAUUUUCCAUUUAUUCCUAGACAUACUUGUAGCAUUCCGAAGGUCUGCAUGGUGUAGGCAGUAACGUGGCUACAUUUCCCUGGUUCCUCAGCUGAUAAUUGACUCAUGAGUUACAGUAACUGGGUUCUAAUUCCGAGACACAAAAAUGUAUAAUGGAGACCAUUGUGAUCAUGUCCACAGUACCCUGUGCCUGUCUACGUACUUUAAAGUCUGUACACACUUGGUACUGAUGGGAUAAGCUAGUGUUGAUGUCCGUGCCUCCAUGUACUGGGAGAACUUAAUGUGAUAGAGUAUAAAAAUGUAAUUACUAAAAGACAUGCUUUGAUCAUAUUGUUGCCUUUUCCCUAUCUUUAAAGCUUAAAAAGCUGGGGAAGCUCUUUAUUAGGCUUCUCCUGUGUCCUUUCAGAUAUGGUCAAGACUGAGCAAAGUAAUGUAUAAGGGGUCUGUAUCAGAAAGAACCUUCUCCACUGAUUUAUAAACAGCUCCUGGUACAGAUUUCUGAGGUCCCACUGAUUGAAUAUGUGGAAGAAAGAACCAGAGACCCCAGGGGGGAAUUUGUUGUAUUUGAUCAUUUGAAAAUGAUUAUUUGUUACUCCCAUUGUUCCAUCUCACUCACAGGUGAGUUUGGACAAAAUGAACAAUUGGCGGUUUGGUUGUUUCCACAUAACCACUUAGAGUGACUCAGUCAGGCUAUGCGUGUAUUUAUUAACCUAAGAAACACAUUGCCUAAUAAUAAGCACCUUGCCAGACACUCUGCAGGGGUCAUGGUUACUGCUGUCCAGUUUUCUUGGGGCUUGUGGUCUCUUAACAAUGGCAGGGCAGACUUCAGGCCCCACACCUGGGUAUUUCUGGGCUAAGUAGAGAGCUUAUCCUCUUGCACAGGUAGAUAGAUGGCCCAAGAGCCUCCGCCUGGCCUGGAGCUCUGCCUGGGGAGCACUGUGAGCAGAUUGUGUCUCCAUGGUGCUCUGCACAUCUCUUUAACUUGGAAAAGGGGGAAUCCGAAGAUCAUGAGGGAACAGGGACGUACGUUAGAGUUUAGCACUUAGUAGCCUCACUGGCGCCUGCUUGGUGCCCUGAAAUGAGUCCAAGUGUGUCAGCCUUCUCAAUUCUCUUGUACAGGCUGCUGGUUGUUUUCUAAAUACUUUUACAAGAAAAUAGGCUAAAACUUGGGGGGGGGGGGAAGAAACUAAUAGGCAAAAACUUGGUGGGGGGACAGAAACUAUUAUUAUGUGAUAUAUGUUGCCAUGCUAAGUAUAUUUUUUAUAAAUAGUGUCAUUCAUGCUUUGGUACUCUAAUCUCUUUUUCAAGAUUUUUUAUUACACUUUAUUCCUUUUGUAUCCCAGCUGUAGCCCCCUACCUGUUUCCCUCACAAUCUCCCCCUUCUCCCAUGCCCCUCCCUUAGUCCACUGGUAGGGGAGGUCCUCCUCCCCUUCUGACCCUAGCCUAUCAGGUCUCAUCAAAUUGUCAGUCUUUAACACCAGUUGGUGGCGCUGGCAACCUGAGAACUGUCCAAAGAAAAGCAAAGAAAUUGAAAAGCAAACUAAAUGGGAAUAUAUGCAUGUUGGAAUACCUAUUUCCUCUUCAGUGGGCUCUUGAAGUGCAUGUGGCUAUUCUUCAUGACUGCUGCCGUCUUCCUGUAGGCGUCUGCGCUGUAUAGAUAACCCUGGAUCACACUGUGCAUUCUGUAAAUACUCUGUAUAAAGCAGUGCUCUUCAGAAGAGUGUGUACAUUCUGUACUUAUUAUUAAAUAAGCAGUGCCUGCUUACCAUGUC